AUGUCUAAUUACGCUACUUUCAAAAAUACCUUUUUUUUUGAUGCUUUAGAAUUUCUAAAUGUCAUUAAGAUUUCCGAAUUACAUAACUUAAAAAAUGGGAUCGAUUUAGAUCCAAGUUCAUCAGAUAUAUCUUCUCGUGAAGAUUUAUCAGAAUCAGAUAUAGAGAAAGGUUCUCAAAGCGAUUCUGUACGGAAAGAAGACCAAACCCUCCACGAUAGAGAACUUAAAAACGAUCCAUUUUUGGUUGAUUGGACUGGACCUGAUGAUCCAGAGAAUCCUCAGAACUGGUCAAAUGCAAGAAAAUAUUUUAUUAUGUUUCAAAUAAUGUUAUUAACUUCUGUUACAUAUAUGGGUUCCUCGAUGUAUACGCCGGGUGAAGAAGGUAUUCGUGAAGAAUUCAAAGUCGGUCAUGUUGUCGCCACAUUAAAUAUGUCACUUUAUGUUCUAGGUUACGGUCUUGGUCCAAUCAUUCUUUCUCCAAUUACUGACAUUGCUAAGAUUGGUCGUCAACAAGUUUACACUUAUACUUUAUUUUUAUUCAUGAUUUUCCAAAUUGCUAUUGCCAGUGUUCAUAAUAUUGGUGGUCUUAUUGUUAUGAGGUUUAUCACAGGUGUAUUAUGUUCUCCCGCUUUGGCCACUGGUGGUGCUACCAUUGUUGAUGUGAUGAAGCAAGAGAUUGUUCCCGUAUUUUUGGGUUUCUGGUCUGUUGGUGCUAUUGUAGCACCUAUCAUUGCUCCAUUGCUGGGUGCAUCUAUGGUUAUUGCUAAGAAUUGGAGAUGGAUUUUCUGGUUAUUGACUUGGAUGUCAGCCUUCACGCUAAUAUUAUUAGCCUUCUUCUUUAAGGAAACUUCUGCAGCUUCUAUCCUAUCUCGUAGAGCUAGAAGAAUCAGAAGAGAAACUGGUGAUGACAGAUAUUAUACACUACAAGAAAAGAAAGACGCCGAGUCUAACUUCUGGGCUUUAAUCGGUUCCACUCUCUAUUCUUCUAUCAAGAUCAUCUUAUUGGAACCAAUUGUUCUUGCAUUUGAUGUAUGCUGUGCUUUGGCUUAUGGUUCAUUCUAUCUAUUCUUUGAAUCCUUCCCAAUCGUCUUUAGUGGUAUUUAUCACUUUACAUUGAUUGAACUUGGUUUGGCAUUUAUGGGUUUUGCUGUUGGUGGUGCUAUUGCUUUUGGGAUUUUCUUAACCUUCUUGGUGAAGGUCUUAUUACCAAAAUUCAAAAAUGGUACUUUCGUUCCAGAGACAUACUUACUUCUAUUGAUGGGUGUGUGUUGGUUUUUCCCAUUGGCCAUCUUCUUGUUUGGAUGGGCUGCUAACACACAUUGGAUUGUUCCAAUCAUUGCUGAAGUAUUCUUUGUUAUCUGUUGUUUCAAUUUGUUCCAAGUGACUUUCUCAUACCUAGCAUUUGCCUACCCAGAUCACACUGCUGCUGUCUUUGCUGGUAACGGUCUAUUCCGUGCCACUUUUGCUUGUUCUAUGCCAUUAUUUGGUCAAGCCAUGUACAACAACUUGGCCAUUGAUGGCUACCCAGUCGGAUGGGGUUCUACAAUCGUUGGUUUCUUAACGAUCUUCCUAUGUAUUGUUCCAUUCGUUCUUUACAAAUAUGGUGCCGCUCUGCGUGCAAAAUCCAGAUUUGUUCAAUAA